UGCUUCUCUAUCUAUAGGCACAGAUCAGGGGAGCAAGAACGAAACGAGGGAGCCAGAGAAAGCAAAAGCAAGACUUAUUAAAAGUGUGGGGAAAUGUGUUUAAAAUUAAAAAACGAAAUGUUAGGAGAACCAGAAGAUUGAUUUGGCCUGGAGAGAAUACGGGAUCAAGCAGAGGUGCUUCAGAGGUGCUUCACCGUGAGGCCGCCCCAAAAAAUGGACUUAUCAACCUUAAUUUCUUUAAAAUAAGGACACAAAACGUGGAUCAAAAGUCAAAAGGUUUUGAAUAUAUUUGCUUGCUAUAGCAAAAUUAUCAGGACAACAGCAUUGAUUAAGGAGAUUUAAUCAGACCUAAUACAAACGUGUCGCAGUGGGUGAGUCAGACUGACAGUCAUCUGCUGAUGGAGGAGUCUGGUAGCCCUCGCUUCAGGAAGCUUCAUUUCCCUGUGGGCCUGUGGAUAAAUUCUCCACGGAAACAUUUUGCCAAGCUGGGAGCACGUUGGCCAAGUGCAGCAUCAGUCAAAUCUACUACUAGCUCAGAUGCGGCCUCAGUGCAUGAGACUCCGCCCCCAGCACCUCCCACUGCCCACUCUUUCUCUAGCCCCUCAAUUUCGCCACCCUCCCCUUCACCUAACCCUGCCUUCCUUCGUCCUCGGCCAGCCAAUCAGCAGUCUCGUGCCAAGCGUCUGUCCCACCUCUUCUUAAGAGGGCGGUCCAACAGUGAUCGUGACCGUGCCGUUGGAGAACGUGAGAGGGAAGUGUGGGCUCAUUCAGCCACUCCAUCACUGCAUCACUACCUGCCCCCUGCAUCAUCUUCUGCCCCAGGACUAGUGAAGAUUUAUGGUGAUGCUCUCUCAAGCGGAGCUAACUACCGUAGCCUGCUGGCAAACAUCCACUCUACAGCACGACAGCUCAUCCAGCAGGUCAUCACCCGAUACACUGAGAGAGAGAGGGAGAGCGAGAGUGAUGACGUAGCUCUCCAGAAGCAUUCUCCAGAGGACUUCCUGUUGUGUGAUGUCAUUGGAAAGCCCAUUCAGCAGGCAGAUGGUGUUGUACAAUGGCAGACCGAAUGCCGGAGAGGUGUAGCACCCUGGGAAUGUCCCCUGCUGCUAGUGGACAUGUGGAGGCCCAAGGAGGGCUUUGAACGUCGAUUUGAGAUCCAGCGGCGUGAUGAGUAUGAGAGGGAGGAGAGAGAAAAAGAGAAGGAAAGGGAGAGAGAUGGUGAGAGCUACCAAGUGCGCUGGAGACGGAGCCGCAUGGCCUCAGGAGGUGGUCCUGAUGAGGAGCGAGGUCAUCGGGGGCGCAAUACUGAACUCAGAAGGAGCAUCAGUGAUAUGAACCUGACUCUGCGACGUCGCCAGGGCAACCAGGCCAACAACGACGCCAGACGUAGUGGCAACGCAACAAACAGCGGUGGAGCACAGGACAGGAAGAACAUUGUGAGCAUGAUGGCAACAGAGCCAGGACAGGUCACUGGAUCGCGGGUUGUGAGUGAGGCAGACAGAAACUCACGAGCAGCUGAAGAUGAGAAAGAUGCCUGUGACCUGGAAGUGAUGUCCCAGAGCCUGAUCCUCCCCCCUACAGACCGUCCUUACUUCCUGUUGCUACAGGGCUAUGACCAAAGCAAGGACUUUGUUUUGUACAUCAUGACGGGCCACACGCACGUUUUCGGGCGGAAGCCGACAUUCCGCGAGAGGGAGAAGGACAGAGAGCGGGAGCGGAAAGGGAAGAGGCCUCUUAGAGUGGACACUUUCCUCUCGGCUCCUGACCUGCUCGUCCGUCACCUUCUUGUCAGGAGGGACUCAGCUGUCCCUGAGCAACCUCGUGGUCAAGCUUUGUUGCGCCCAUUCAGAGGAGGAGCUGUCAGUCAUAAUGGAGUUGUGCUGUACAGAGAGGCGGUCCUUAAACCUGGAGAUCUCAUAGGACUCGGCAGCCACUUCGUCUUCCUGUACCGUGACCCCAGAGUGACCCCCACCCCGCCCCUAGCACUGGCUCUACCCUUGCAGGCCGAUGGGAUGAUUUCCUUUGGCUCUGGAAACAUGAUGGACAGACAGGAAGCUCUCAGGAAAUAUCUGGGAUCCACUGAGGCAGUGCUGAAAUUUCAGGCAAAUCAUGCAGACAUCCUCUUACAGGAAAUUAUGUCAAAGAAUUCGACUCCAGAUUCAGGUGGUGGACCCUUAGCGCCAGCUUAUCUGCUGUCACUCAUGAUUGACCAUGCAUCCAAACAUCUGGACCCUGCACUAACACCCCAGCUGCUGUUAAAGGCAGCCAAUCAGAUAAAGGCGAUUGUGUGGGAGAACAUUAAAGAGUUUGGAGACAAACAUCCGACACAAACCUCUCCAGAGUCCGAGGCUGACCUUCCUCCUCCUAGCGUGGAGAAACUCUCCUCUGACCUCCGACCUCUCAUGUUCUGGAUGUCCAAUGCCACUGAGCUCCUCAACUUCUUCCAGGUCAAAGUAGAGGCCAUGGAGAAGGAAUGGGAGUUCGAGGCCCCUGGUGACCCCGUUCUGUCAGCUGACAUGGACACUUGCUCGGAUGCCCUGGCGCAGCUGGAUGAUGUCAUCAUGCACACUUUCCAGCAGUGUGUGUAUCACCUGACGAAGACCUUAUACUCCCUCCUUCCCACUCUAUUGGACACCAACCCGUUCUCCAGCGAAGACAAAGAGAAGGAGAAGGCUGGAGAUAGUCACAGAGUUGAAGGAGAAGGGGCUGAGGAAAGUGAUGUAUCUAAUCUACCCCCCACUGUGGCAGGGCUGGUGGAAGUGUAUCGCUGUUCCUUGCAGUUGACGCGCGAGGCCUGCCUCUCUCCACCUCUCACUUCCCAGACCUUCGGCUACCUGUUCUUCUUCACCAACACCUCACUCCUUAACACCCUGCUUGAGAGAGACAGUUUGUUUUCCUGGUCACGUGCAGUGCAGAUUCGCACUAAUCUAGACCUGGUUCUAGACUGGCUACAGGGGGCGGGACUAGGAGAUAUUGCCUCGGAAUUCCUCAAAAAGCUGUCAAACACUGUCAACUUCCUGUGCAUUCCUAAGACCCGCCUUAUCCAGUCAUCUUGGGCCAGCCUACAGGAGGACCAUGCCUUGUUAAGCCCUGCGCAGCUUCACCACCUUCUGACUCAUUAUAAGCUAGGACCAGCCAGAGCUCCGCCUUCCUGUUGGGCUCCGCCCCCAGGCACUGAACUCGGAGGCGAUAUUUUUGAGAGCUUCCUAGACCAUCCACCUCUUAUCCUACCCAAUGAAACCCCGAGUCUGGACCUUACUCAGCCAAUCCCUAACCCUGAGCUCCAAAAGGAAGUGACACGUCUGCGGACUUUCCUGUGGGGUCUGGAUCAGGACGAACCUCCUGCCAAUCAGAGAACUAGGUUGUAGUAGUGGAAUACAGAAUCUCUGGGGUUAACAGUACUUAAAUUUAUACAAAAGACACACCAGGGUCUUGGCCUAUACAGCACAUCUGUAAGAUUGCAAUACAUAUCACUUUCUCUCUAUGUAAGUACAAAUUGCUUUUGAGAGUUUUUCACAGAGUACUUCUAACUGGCAUGGGCUGUAGUCCUUUAAAACUCUUAGGAAGGACUUAAAACGCUGUAAAAGACGCUUUUUCAAAAUGCCCCAACGUUAUUGUUUAAAGCAAACUUUGCUCAAUUAUGAUGCUUACCCUGUAUAACUUGGGCAUCAUGUUAGAUAAUUAUCCAUCAUGUUACAUAUCCACACUAAGUUGUAUAAUCAUUGCCUGGCUGCAGUGGUUACUUUACUUUUAGUUUUUUAAAGAAUUUAGUUUAUAUUCACUCUUUUUACUUUUUAGGAAUGCAAAACGUCAUUGUUGGUGACACCUAGACCAGAUAUACGCUAAUGUACACUAAAGGUCAGAAUAUAACACUAAGGGUUAUAAUAAAUUCUUGCAUCAUAGUAUGUAUAUGCCAUAUUUUAAAUCACACCUUGUGAUGUUUGUGUUUUUCCUCUAUAUAAACACAUUUUAGUUACUACAGUUACACUGAGCAACACACCUGACAUCCUUUUCCCUACGAUUUUCUCCAUCAUUUACAGUGAAGCGUGCCCCAAUCUUCCCUUCCAGGUCCCCUCACUGCACUAUAAAGUUGGUGAUUCAGAAUUAUCCGUGAUCUCACCCACCCUGACAACAUGUUACACUCUAGACCCAUCUCCAACAUCUGCUUCUCACUAUAAUACACUGACCUCAUAAUACACUGACAAGGUUCACCUAGAUGCAUUACAUAUUAUAUCCAUGUGUUGUAUGUCCACAUAUUGCCAAUAAAAAAUGAUUGUCAUGAGACCAGU